UAAAAUAGCACGCAACGAAACAAAAGAACAAAACAAGACCACAUGAAUCCGAUUGGUUCAUCACACAUCAAAAUAUUGUCCUUAUUGUCAUUUCAUACUAUCUUAGCAUUGCAAUUCUGAACUGACGGUAAAAGUGGGAGAUGGAGAACCGCCAGAACGGAGAAGCGAAGAAGGAAGAAGAACCAAAGGACUCUAUUUGUGGAUACGAUUCUCUUCACCUUCUUCUCAAGGAUAAUCUUAAUCCUCAUCACUUUCAGGAAGUUAGCCGUUUGCUUACUGGGCUUAAUUGUGGAAAAGCAAUUGAAACAAUUGCUCUCCCUGAAUCUGCAACUGCCCUCUCUGUGGAGCAUGGUUUUGAUCUCCAGGCCUUUUCCUUUUCUGCUGACAAAGAACAGCUAAGGGAACCUAGAGUAGUAAGGGUUGGUUUGAUUCAGAACUCCAUUGCCCUUCCAACCACUGCUCACUUUGCAGACCAGAAGAAGGCUAUCUUUGAGAAACUAAAGCCAAUAAUUGAAGCUUCCGGUUCUUCUGGAGUGAACAUAUUAUGCUUACAAGAAGCGUGGAUGAUGCCAUUUGCCUUCUGCACUCGAGAGAAAAGAUGGUGUGAAUUUGCAGAACCUGUUGAUGGAGAAUCAACAAAAUUUUUACAAAGCUUUGCACUGAAAUAUAACAUGGUCAUCAUAAGUUCAAUUCUUGAGAGGGAUAUUAACCAUGGAGAGGUUAUAUGGAACACUUCCGUUGUAAUUGGAAAUCACGGCAAUAUAAUUGGGAAACACAGGAAGAACCAUAUACCCAGAGUUGGGGACUUCAACGAGAGUACAUAUUAUAUGGAAGGAAAUACUGGCCACCCUGUAUUCGAAACAGUAUAUGGAAAGAUUGCCAUUAAUAUAUGUUAUGGUAGACACCAUCCUUUGAAUUGGUUAGCCUUUGGAUUGAAUGGUGCGGAGAUUGUUUUCAACCCUUCUGCUACUGUUGGUGAACUCAGCGAGCCAAUGUGGCCUAUAGAGGCACGUAAUGCUGCAAUAGCUAAUAGUUACUUUGUUGCUUCAAUCAAUCGCGUUGGGACUGAGACAUUCCCCAAUGCAUUUACUUCUGGUGAUGGAAAGCCAGCACACGCAGAUUUUGGGCACUUUUAUGGGUCCAGUUAUGUUUCAGCACCUGAUGCAUCAUGCACGCCAUCUCUAUCUCGUUACAGGGAUGGCCUUUUAAUAACAGACAUGGACCUUAACUUGUGUAGACAGUUUAAGGACAAGUGGGGUUUCAGAAUGACUUCAAGGUACGAGUUGUAUGCAGACACACUCGGCCGCUAUGUGAAACCAGAGUUUGAGCCACAAGUCAUCAUUGACCCCUUAUUGCAUAGAAAGGCCUCCUAAACUGUGUUGUAAUAAUCCGUUAACUUGGGUUCACUGCUUAUGGUUCGGGCCCUGUAGUAUAACCAAUGCGGUCAACCGCAAAUUCUGUUGUAUUAGAUUCUGCUCUCAAUGUUUCAACAUGCAUUGGUGUUUGAUUUGUUGCACUUUA